CUCCGCUACCGAUAGACCCACUUUCUCACUCGCUCACUCGCUCACUUCUCCUUUUUCUCCACCUUACAAAAAGCGUGGAAGCUCAGCUCUGCUCCACUGAGCUUCGUCUUUGUGGGGGAGGUGGCGAUGCGGAGCUUUUAGGUGGUGGUGUGGUUCGCUAGCUUUUUCGGGGGCGUCCGUAUCUGGAAUCGGAUCUCUCCUUCCCCUCCCUCCGCCUUUACCUCCUCUCCGUCUCUUCGGUGGGAAGCGUGUCUUUUGUUUUGAUACUUGCGCUUAUACAAAGGAAGGAUGUCUGAUGGAGAAGAGACGCAUUGGUGCUAUCAGUGCAACUGGCCAUUCAGGCUUCAAGGCGGAGAAGUAAUUUGCCCUUCCUGUGAUGGAGGAUUUGUGCAAGAGCUUCAGGAGGUACAGGCUCUGACGUCAGCAGAUGUUUCAGCGCCAUACCCGCUGGAUCUCUCUCCUCAAGUACCUCCAGUAUUUGAUGCUGUAUAUGCUCUGCUAGGCGAUAAUGGUCUCGACUCCAGAAGAAGAUUUCUUGGCUUAGUUGAUUUGUUAAUGAGGGAUGCAGUUGCAGGAGGCAAUCCUAAUUUUGAUGUCAGAGGACGUCCAGGAAGAAGACCAAGGUUAGCUGAGUUGGAUGACUAUUUCAUUGAACCGGGACUUGAAGAAAUGAUUGAACAGCUCCCUGUUGAUAGAAGGGGUCCACCCCCGGCACCUCAGUCGGCAAUCGCUGCAUUGCCCACCGUCAAGAUCACUCAGACGCAUCUUCGGGCUGAUUCAGAGUGUCCCAUCUGCAAAGAGGAAUUCGAGCUGCAAGCUGAAGCAAAGAUGAUGCCUUGCCACCACAUUUAUCACCCUGAUUGCAUUGUGCCUUGGUUGGCACGGCACAAUUCCUGUCCUGUUUGCCGAUUCGAGAUGCCUCCGGUGGGCGCCAGUUCUGUUUGGGGGGGUCAAAGUCGGAGUGACCAGAGUAGAAGCAGCAGCAGCACUCUAAGGAGUGGGGAUAGUGGCAGGGACAGUGGGAGGCAAAAUCAAGGGAGGAGUCGUCGAUUCCCAUGGCCUUUUGGUUCAUCAAAUUCUAAUACCCAGCAGAUCCCUGAAACAGGAGGAAGCCACUCGAGAACCAUACAUGAACAGAAUCACGAGAUGAACUACUCUGGAUGGCCAUUUGAUUACUGAGUUCCGCCAUACUUAGGUUAGUGAUAGCGUUCCCGAAUAAUUGUGGGUGGGUCUAAAUACUCAAUGAUCGCUCUUGUUUGCAUUGGGACUGUAGUGAAAGUUGUCUCCGGGUCAAACUAUCUGUGUUUCUGGAGUGGAUACGGUCUUUGAAGCCACGGCUUGAUUGAA